GUAUAGAUUAAUGUGUUUUCAAUGCGAAAUGUUUUUAAUAUUUGUUUUUGGUUAAUUUGGGGUGUCAGAUGGAAGCUUCCUUAUAUAUCUAUUUUCCAUGUUCAUGUAUUGUUGAAUGAUCCGUAACACCCCCUCCUCCCACACAACAAAAACAAAGGUCCUCAUCCACCACCAUGAGCAGCUGGCUGGAGAAGCCGAUAAAGGGAGUCCUGCUGGAUAUUACUGGGGUUCUCUAUGAGUCUGGGGAAGGUAUUGGAACCGUUAUACCAGGCAGUGUGGAGGCCGUAGAAAAGUUAAAGGCAAAUGGCAUCCCAGUGCGUCUUGUGACCAAUGAAACGUGUGCCACAAGAACUGCAGUUAUAAACAAGCUUCAGGUCCACGGCUACAAAGUGAGCGAAGCAGAUAUCUUUAGUCCCGUGCCAGCUGUGGUUGCCAUCCUGAAGGCACGGGGACUCAGCCCACACCUUCUGGUUCAUCCUUCUAUUGAAGAUGAGUUUAAAGAUGUUAUUAAAGACAGUCCAUCAUGUGUUGUCAUAGGUGAUGCUGAUGAGGCUUUCACCUUUGAGAAUAUGAAUGUAGCCUUCAGGACACUGAUGACCAUGAACAAACCUACUUUAUUUUCUCUUGGUUUUGGUAAAUACUACAAACACAAAGGUAUCCUGCAAUUGGAUGUAGGGGCUUUUGCAAGUGCCCUAGAAUUUGCAUGUGAUGUUAAAAGUGAAAUUGUGGGCAAGCCUUCACCACAAUUCUUUGGUGCAGCUCUUUCCGAUAUUGGUAUUAAAGCAGAAGAGGCAGUGAUGGUGGGAGAUGACAUUGUCUCAGACGUUGGAGGAGCGCAGAAGUGUGGGAUGCGGGGGGUCCUUGUAAGAACGGGGAAGUUCAUAUCUUCUUGGGAAAGCCAUUCAUAUGUGACCCCAGAUUUCAUUGCAGAUAGUCUUGCUGAAGCUGUUGACAGAAUUAUAGAGGCUCACAAGAAAUAGCCAGUUGUAAGAGUGUUUUAAGUUCUUAUCACUUAUUAGUGGCAUUUUGAUGUUAUUGUAAGAGGUGAUGAUGUUAUUAUGGCAUGAAGAGAUUUGUUACUCCUGAUUGUUGAAGUAAUAAAAAAAUAUAUUUUA